GAGGGGCUGUGCCCAGGUAGGUGGAGUAAACGCGGAAACAAAGAAAAACUGCAGGAGAGAAACUUCGCAAAAGAACAAAAAGAGGAAGAUUUUAUGCAGCUCGAAAAACAGCUCUAACAUGUGAGUCCAAGUAGAAAUAUUGACGUUCCACUAUGGGCUUGUGUGACGGCCUCUCCCACUGUAAGCUGGCUCUGGCCUUUGCUGUGUUGAUGGAUUUACUGGGAGGAGCCGCUCUACUGGUGGGGGUCUUCGCUCCCCUGGAGAUCAAAGGACAGGACUUUGGAGACUUACUAGUCUAUACUGGAGCUCUGUUCGUGGUGAUGUCUCUGGCCGGAUGGGUGUUGUGGUACAGUGGGAACAUCGAGGGUCUCACAUCCAAGAAGGAGGUGGGACACAUAGGCAGUGCCGUCGACCGGCUCGCUCGCAACCUCAGCCGCAAGAUCCGUGUGUACAGACACCACCGCUGAGCCCCCAACAGGAAGUCUGGAUACUUUUCAGAUUAAAAGUCUGCUGCUGCCUCUGUUUGUCAGUGUUAAUAUGAGAUAGCAGUCACUGCAUCAAACUCUCAGUCUGUGUUACAAGCAUGUCAGAAACAUUUCAGUUAUAGAUCUGCACCAGCUGUGCUGUUACUGAUAUUGAUGGUGUAUGAUUAGUAUUUCUGUGUUUUUUAUAGUAUUUUAGAUUUGGAAAGCAGUUGAGCUUAUUGGAUCUCAAUAAACACUUUUUGAUACAUUA